AGUGCCUCUUGCAUACUUUAUCCACGGUCAAAGCACUGGAAAAGCUUACAAUUUUUUUUCUUAAAUAAUAAAAAAAAAGGCUUACUUUGAAGCAAGCCAAUUCUUUAAAUAUUGGAAGCGAUCAUGUUUUUGAUAUUCCCAAUAAUUAAUAAAAGAGAGCGAUAUCCCAGUGUUGACUUUCCUUAUUUUUUCUGUAAUUUGAAGUCUAUGGCGAUGUCCGGUUUCAUAGGUGACAAUUUUCCCAGAAAAUUAUUUCCUGCAAAAAUCUAUUCUGUUCUGGGUUUCAUUGGUCUUCUGAGACAAUGCAAGGAGCUUCAUCAUCUAAGGAUUUCUCCUGUUCAUCUUCUAAAACUCAUCGAUGGAAAUAUGAUGUUUUUCUUAGUUUCAAAGGAGAAGACACUCGCAAAAGCUUCACUGACCAUCUAUAUGCUGCUAUGCAAAGGAGAGGAAUUGUCACUUUCAGAGAUGAUGAAAGACUAGAGAGAGGAAAACCCAUUUCCCAGGAGCCCUUGAAAGCAAUAGAAGAUUCAAGAUUUUCUGUUGUUAUAUUCUCGAGAAACUAUGCUUCUUCUACAUUGUGUUUGGAUGAAUUGGUCAAGAUUGUUGAAUGUAUGAAAGUGAUGGGCCAAACUGUUCUGCCUGUUUUCUAUCAUGUGGAUCCUUCUGAGGUCAGGAAACAAAAGGGAAGCUUUGAGGAUGCCUUUGAAAUGCAUCAAGAAAAUUUAAAGUGGAAUUUUGAAAAGGUUCAAAGGUGGAGGGAUGCUUUGGCAGAUGUGGCCAAUCUCUCUGGAUGGCAUUUAAGAGAUAGGUACAAUAUUUAUGAUUUUGCUUCUCGUUCCCUUUCCUCCUAUUAUAUCCUCAAACCCUUCAAAUGUUGACACUGUAUCCCAAUAUAUGUUAUUUGCAGAUAUGAGGUAGAUAUCAUCUAAGAAAUUGUUGAAAUGAUAUUCAAUAGAGUGAGUUAUACAUUCUCUAAUAUAAACAAAAACAUAGUUGGAAUGGAAUCCAAAGUGAAGGAAAUGAUUAAUCAUUUAGACUUAGAGAUGAAUGAUGCUGUUCGAAUCAUAGGGAUAUAUGGAAUGAGUGGGGUAGGCAAGAGAACUCUUGCUGAAGUUGUUUUUGAUAAGAUUUCUGAUCAAUUUGAAAGUAGUAGUUUUCUUUCCAACAUCAGAGAAAUUUCUAGAAAGGCUAAUGGUCCAGUAACAUUACAAGCUCAGCUUCUUUCUGAAACCAAGGAAAAAGAUAGUAUUACAAUAUGGACUGCUAGAGCUGGAGCCUACAUGAUCAAGAAUUGGCUUUUUCGUAAAUGGAUUCUUCUAGUUCUAGAUGAUGUAGAUAGACUGGACCAAUUAAGUGUAUUGGCUGGAUCGCAUGAUUGGUUUGGCCUAGGAAGUAGAAUCAUCGUAACAGCUAAAGAUAAACAUGUGUUGAUCGAGCAUGGAGCUGAUGAAAUAUUUCAGCUCUGUGGAAUGAAUCAGUAUGAAGCUCAAGAGUUUUUUUGCCUAAAAGCUUUUAAAAGUAGGCAUCCUUUAGAAGGUUACAUACAGCUGUCUAAUGAAUUUGUAAAUUAUAUAAAUGGGCUUCCAUUAGCCCUUGAAGUGUUUGGAUCCUUUGUGUUUGGUAGAACUGUUAAGGAAUGGGAAAGUGCAUUAAAGAGGCUAAAAGAAGUUCCUAACAGAGAAAUAUUUGCUGUACUGCGCAUAAAUUAUGAUGGAUUAGAGGAAAUAGAAAAGAAGAUUUUUCUUGACAUUGCAUGUUUUUUCAAGGGCGAUGACAAAGAUCAGUUAAUCAAAAUACUGGACAGUUGUGGUUUGAGUGCAGAAAUUGGAAUAAGAGUUCUAAUAGAUAGAUCUCUUGUUACUCUUUCGGACAAUAAACUCUGCAUGCAUAAUUUGGUACAAGAAUUGGGUCUACGAAUUAUUCACCUAGAAGAACCUGCAGAGCCAGGCAAGCGUAGCAGGGUGGGGCGCAAUGAGGAUGUUCAACAUGUCUUGAUGGGAAAUACGGGAACAAAUGCAGUUGAAGCCUUGAUCAUUAAUUGUUCUGAGGAAGAAUGGGAUCAAGAAUGCAUUCGCUGCAGUCCCAAAGCUUUCUCAAAUAUGAGUAGACUUAGAUUGCUGAAAGUCAGAAGAUAUUUAGACUUUCCUCAAGGCAUUGAAUAUCUCUCAAAGGAGUUAUGUUUUCUUGAAUGGUUUCAGUAUCCUUUAAAAUAUUUACCAUCAAGCUGUUUCCCACCAAACAAAAUUGUUGAAAUCAUAAUGUGCUACAGAAAAAUUGAAAGACUUUGGACUGACCUUGGAGAACCUCAGAUUGAUCAAUCUUAAACUCUCAUAACUCAAUUGAGACUCCAGACUUCACAAGAGUUCCAAAUCUAGAGAGAUUAGUUCUUGAAAGUUGCACAAAGUUAGUUCGGGUUCACCCAUCUAUAAGCUCUCUGAAAAGGCUUACUCUUCUGGAUUUGAGACAUUGUUUCUGCCUUAGAAGUCUUCCAAGAGCAAUUGAAACAGAAUCUCUUGAAAUCCUUAUUCUUUCAGGCUGCCCAAGAGUUACUCGAAUUCCUGAAUUUCUAGUAACUAUGAAGCAUUUAUCUGAACUUUGGUUGGAUGAAACUAGGAUUAAGGAGUUGCCCAUUUCAGUGAUUAAAAAUUCACCUGGGCUGGCUUUAUUAGAUCUAAGUAGGUGUCAAUAUCGUAGAUGUCUUCCUAGUAACAUUUGUGGCAUGGCCUCUUUGAAAAAACUAAAACUCAGUGGGUGCUCAAGGCUUCAAGAGCUGCCGGAGAACUUGGGGGACGUGAAGUGUUUGGAGGAGCUUAUUGUGAGCAGAACUGCUGUACGAAAGUUUCCUUCUUCACUGAUUUGUUUGAAAAACCUUAAAGAAUUAUCUUUUUGUGGAUGGAAAGUGUCAGCGCCUACACCAUAGUAUAGGCGCCUUCCUUUUUGACCAAUUCCCAGAAGUGAAGGACCUAUUGGUUUCAUGUUGCCUACUUUAUCUAAUUUUUCUUCUUUGAGAGAAUUUAAUCUAAGUGAUUGCAAUCUUUCAUUUGGAGCAAUCUCCAUGGAUCUUGGCUGGUUAUCAUCACAGAAAGUUGAAUCUAAGUAGAAACAACUUUUCUAGCCUGCCUGCAAGUAUUUACCAACUGUCCAAGCUGAUCAUUCUUGAUUUGGAAUCCUGUAGAAUGCUUCAAUCAUUACCAGAGCUUCCAUUAAACAUACAGUACAUGAAGAGCCAAGAUUGUACAUCACUUGAAACAUCCUCUGAUCUUUUGAAACUAGUCAAUUUGUCAGAGGCAACAAUUUCAUGUAUAAAUUGCUUUCAAUUGGUUAGACAUGAAGGCUGCAGUCAGAUUCUCCAUGCAUGUUCAAAAGAUACAUUCAGGGACUGUCUUAUCUAAGAUUUGAUAUCAUUGUUCCUGGAAGUGAAAUUCCAGACUGGUUCAGCCAACAAUGUUCAGGUCCAAGUUUAGUUAUACAGCUACCUUCAGACUGUCAUGAAGCUAAGUUUUCAGGUUUUGCUUUGUGCACUGUUUUUGUGGUCAAAGAGCAUAUAUCUAAGAAACUAUCUACUUCCUUUUCUGAUCAUUACGAGCAUAGCAUUGGAAAAGUUAGGCCCGUGACAAUAAGCUUGGAUGUCAUAUAAAAAUUAACGGAUGAUUUUUCUCAUGCACCUAUUUUUUGGUUUAAGAAGAACUAGACAAUAUUGACUUAAAUAUUGAUGCAAAACAUCUUUGGUUCCUCUUUUUGUCCAGUCAUUAUUUUCGCACAACUUUUCUGAAUAGUUGCAAUAGUUUUGAGUUUUCAUUUGAAGUUAAAGGACCAGGCUUGGAGGUGAAACAGAGUGGAUCCUUUUUGGUAUAUGAGCAAGAUGUCAAAAAGUUCUACCACUCAAUCACCAACCCAUCUUUGACGAGGGAUGAAUCUGUGUACAAGGAUAAUUUGGAAAUAUCUUGAGAUUUUUGAAUGAAUUUUUUCAUACAAGAUGUAGAAAUGAGAGUUUGUAGAUCUGAGUAAAUGAAAACAAUGAUCAUAAAUUGAAUGGUCUAUCUUUCUUACUAAUCUGUAAACCAAUCAUUCCAUUAUGUCUUGGUAAAUGAAAACAAUGAUCAUAAAUUGAAUGAUUUAUCUUUUCGUGGAUGGGAAUUGUCAGCACUUGCACCAUGGUAUGGAUGCCUCCCUUUUCAACCAAUUCCUAGAAGUGAAGGACCAACUGGUUUCAUGUUGCCUUUUUUUUUUAUCAAAUUUAUCUUCUUUGAGAGAAUUAAAUCUCAGCAAAUUGCAGUCUUUCUGAUGGAGCAAUCCCCAGUUAUCUAGGCUGCUUGUUAUCACUAAGAAAGUUGAACCUAAGUACAAACAGCUUUUCUAGCUUACCUACAAGUGUCUGCCAACUCUCCACGCUGACCAUUCUUGACUUGGAAUCUUGUAGAAGGCUUGAGUCAAGACCAGAACUUCCAUUAAGCAUACAUGAAGAUUCAAGAUUGUACAUCCCUGGAAACACCCUCUUAUCUUUUAAAACUAGGCAAUUUGUCCGAGCCAACAAUUUCAUGUAUAAAUUGCUUUCAACUGGUUAGAAAUGAGGCUUCAACCAAGUUCUCCAUGCCCUGGUCAAAAGAUAUAUCCAGGUCAGUCCCUUUUAUUGUCCUUCAAUUGUCUAUUCACUCCUCACAAAUACAUUCAGUGUAUAGUAUACCUUGUUUUGUUUUGUUUGUUUCCCCCUUUUUUUUUUUGUUUUUUUUGUUUUUUUUUUUUUGUCUUUGUCCAGGGACUUUCAUAUCUAAGAUCAAGAUUCAAUAUCAUUAUUCCUGGAAAUCGAAUUCUGGACUGGUUCACUCAAUGAUGUACAGGUUCAAGUGUAGUUAUAUGCCUACCUCCAGAUUGCAACGAAGCUAAGUUUGCAGGUUUUGCUCUAUGCACUGUUAUUGUGGUCAAAGAGCAUCUAUCCAGGAAGAUACAUUCUAAUUCUUUUUUCGGUUGUUGUUCACAUAAGCUUGGAUGUCAUAUUAAAGUUAAUGGACAUGAUUUUUCUCAUGCACCUAACUUUUGGUUUAACAAAGAACUAAACAAUAUUGACGCACAACAUCUUUGGCUCCUCUUUUUAUCCAUCAUUAUUUUCACAUAACAUUUUACAAUAGUUGCAAUUGUUUUGAGUUGCUAUUUGAAGUUAAAGGUCCAGGCCUGGAGGUGAAACAGAGUGGAGCCUGUUUGGUAUACGAGAAAGAUGGAGAAAAACUUGUACCAGUCAAUGACCAACCCAUCUUGGAGGAGUAACAUAUCUGUUUAUGAUGAUAACUUGGACAUCUCUUCAGAUUUUCAAAUGAAUUUUAUCAUACAAGAUGUAGAAAUGAGAAAACAGUGAUAAUGAAUCGAACGGUCUAUCUUUCUUAGCAAUCUAA